CGCCGCGUUGUACGUCUCUAAGAGAAUCAGAGAAAAUAUUCGCUAACCGUUAAAGAACUAAAUUUUAAGCAAUUGGACGAAUUUUAAGCAGAUGGCGACAUCAAACUUUCAGGAAGUAAAUGUGGACGACGUAGACAUAGCUACCAGCUUGGAAACCUCAGAAGACAGCAAAACUAAACUGAAAAUUGCUUUAGUUGGCGAAACCGGAAGUGGGAAAUCAAGCUUUAUUAACGCCUUGCAAGGGUAUGUAAUUUAAUUUACUAUAACUAAUAGCAAUUUAGGCUCAGUAAAAGUUUCAUUGUAGCCUGUUUGGCUCGGAUUUUGACACGUCGUUUUCAUCUCUUAGCUAAAAUCGAAAGACCACACCAUGCAGACCCCCGAUCUGUCUUGAAAAGUCUGCAUGGUUUCCUUUUAACGGCCAAGUGUCUCUUAAUAAUUCUAGUGGUACCGAUAAUUAGUAUUUUAAAAUAAUUUUGUACGUAAAUUAAGCCCCCCUAUUCUAACAUUACAUUUUGUUAGUGAUUUAAAUAUUAGUUUUACUUUCGCUUUAAUUGGCUUCGCACAGAAAUAUCGAAGCGUUACGAACCUAUCGGUCCAACAAAUUUUUCAACAGAACUGCUUCCAGCUUCUAGCAUAUACGCGAAAGGCUUCAAACUACUAAGGCCAAGAAAGAAAUUUAGGUAGCUUAAGAACACCUCGAAUUUUCGAUACGCAACGGGUUGCUUUAACUGGAAUUAAUUUAAAUACACUAUACACGGUUUCAAAGAAAGCAGGUUGUAUAAAGACUUCCCGUAGCUGUCGUUUCACACAGGCACACUGUAAAUUUCAAAGAGUGCAAUCAAUUUGAAAAGUUUCAUUCUGUGACCAAAACCGGUCAAAAACUAUAACAAAACAUACAGUUUUGGAGUUGAUCAGACUUCUUAAAAUUUACAGUGCAUGCAUGCAUGCAAUUCAUAUGUAAAUCACUAUACAUACAUGGAUGUUUGGCUCUGACAAACGUUUGCUAUUUUAUGAUCAUAAAAUCUUAUGAUCAUAUACAUAUAUAUAUACAUAUAUGAUCAUAUACAUAUAUAUAUACAUAUAUAUAUAUAUAUAUAUAUAUAUAUAUAUAUAUAUAUAUAUAUAUAUAUAUAUAUAUAUAUAUAUAUAUAUAUAUAUUCAUUCAUGAAUAUAUAUAUAUAUAUAUAUAUAUAUGGGGUUAUGUGCGCACUAUAGUAGCUAUGCUAGUUAUUUUUAUGUAUCCAUAAUCUAUGUAUAAAUCCGCGCUCAAGUGUACUUGCCCCAAAAUAAACCAAUCAAGUCAAUGUGUCAAAGCAGAGCCAAAACGUUUUAUGAAAAAUCACCACUGAACUUUUCUACUAUAUUUAUGAAUGUUGUUUUGUUCGACUGAUGUUCAGAUCUCGAGCUAAACUUGAUAAAUAACAUCAAAAUUAUUCCUGACACAAAAGAAUGGCAUGCAUGAUCAGUUCUGAAAAAGUAUGGUAUGAGAAACAUUUUGUGGGAACAGUGUUUACUUUAAGCGAAUCAAAAGCGUUCAGCGCGACAGCAUGCAUUUGUGCUUCUCAAAGGAAGAAAAUAUUCGACAACCGCUAAAGAGCUAAAUUUUAAAUUAAGUAGCCUGGACAAAGAUGGCGACAUCAAACUUUCAGGAAAUAAAUAUGGACGACGUAGAAGUAGCUACCAGCUCGAAAACUUCAGAAGACAGCAGAACUAAACUGAAAAUUGCUUUAGUUGGCGAAACAGGAAGUGGGAAAUCAACUUUUAUUAAUGCCAUACAGGGGUAUAUACUUCAAUUUAUACAUAAUAUACGUCUAACUAUAAUAGCAAUUUAGGCUCAGUAAAAGUUUCAUUGCAGCCAAACAGUUCGGAUUCUGACACGUCGCUUUCAUCACUACAGUAGUAAAAGCGAAAAACCUGCACCAAACUGCUUCUCUCAGCUGUCUUUCGAAAAGUGUACAUAGUUUUCUUUUAACGGCUAAGUAUCUCUUAAUAAUUCUUGUGGUAUACCGAUAAUUAGUGUUUUUAAAUAAUUUUGUAAUUUAUUUAAAUAUUAGUUUUACUUUCGCUUUGGCUUCGUUCAGAAAUAUCGAAGCGUUAUAUACGAACUUAUGUAGAACAAACUUUUUAACAGAACUUCUAGCAUGCGAAAGGCUUCAAACUACUAAGGCCAUGAAGAAAUUUAGGCAGUUUAAGAACAUAUCUCCAAUUUUCGAUAUGCAACGGGUUGCUUUUAAUUGAAAUUAAUUAAAAUACACUACAUGGGGCUUCGAAGAAAGCAGGUCAUGUGUGUAAACUUCCUGUAGCUGUCGUUUCACACAGGCACACUGUAAAUUUCAAAAAGUGUAAUCAAUUUGAAAAGUUUUAUUCUGUCACCAAAACCGGUCAAAAACGACAACAAAACAACAGUUUUGGAGUUGGUCAGACGUAAAUUUACAGUGCAUAUAUACAGUCACGCAAUUUAUAUGUAAAUCACUACACUGUACAUAGGCCUACAUGAAUGUUUGUAUCCGACCAAUUUUUGCUAUUUUAUGAUCAUAAAAUCUUCGUAUUUGAAUGAAUAUAUAUAUUUUUUGUCAAAUUAUGCUCUUGAUUGUUUGGAAGAAUCCAAAAAACCGCUGGCUAUAGGUUGUUGUGUUAGGGUAAGAUUAUAUACGGUUAUGUGCCCACUAUAGUAGCUAUAUUAGUUAUUUUUACUUUUGCAUAUUUAUUAUAUAAAGUAUAGUGCUUUAUAGAGAUUUCGAGCACUGAUAAAAGUGAUAAUCUCACAUGUGAGAUUAUUCAUGAUAAUCUCACAUGUGAAAAUGAUCGCUUUUCAAUUAUCGCUUUUCUGUAAAAAUUAUCGCUUUUCAAAGACUGUCCUUUAUAUAAUAAACAGAAAAAUACAUGGGUCCUUGGAAAUACCAGAUUUAUUUCUCGUGUUGAGCAUGAUAUCUCACUCGUUCGCUGCGCUCACUCGUGGGAUAUCAUGUUCAACACUCGAAAUAAAUCUGGUAUUUCCGCGCACUCAUGUAUUAUUCUCUAUCUAAUCUACAUGUAUAAAUCCGCGCUCAAGUGUACUUGCCCAAAAAUAAACCAAUCAAGUAAUACAAUUAUUUUAAAAAAUCACCACUGAACGUUUCUACUAUAUUUAAGAGUGAUGUUCAGAUCUCGAUCUAAACUUGAUAUGUAUCAAAAUUAUUCCCGACACAAAAGAGUGUGUCAGUUCUGAAAAAACAUGGUAUGAGAAACAUUUUGUGAUUACCGGAUAGUUUUCUCAGUGAUGUACACCAUCCAGUUAAUGGGCUCCCUAGCUUUCAAGAAAUUUUAGAAAAUGAUGUUUUGAAAAUAUUUCAUGGUUUAGGGCCCAAUAAGGCAUCGGGAAUUGAUGGUAUCUCCUCUCGUAUCUUAAAACUUUCGGCAGCAGUUAUUUCACCAUCCCUAACAUCAAUAUUCAACCAGUCAAUCUUAACAGACAUAUUUCCCAAUGAUUGGAAAAUCGCUAGAAUUACUCCGAUCUUUAAGUCUGAAGCUAAAGAUGAAAUGACAAACUACAGACCAAUAUCCGUUAUAUCAGUAGUUGCCAAAAUUGCGGAAAAGCUGAUUUAUAACCAAAUCUAUAAUUAUUUACAUGACUAUAAUCUGCUUUCAAACUCCCAACACGGAUUUAGACCACUUCACUCAACUGUUACAGCAUUACUGGACAUAACCAACGAGUGGUAUACAAAUAUUGACAUUGGGAAACUAAAUGGGAUUGUGUUUCUGGAUCUGAAAAAAGCAUUCGAUACUGUCGACCACAAUAUACUCUUAGACAAAAUAGCAACUUAUGGAAUAAAGGGAACGGCACAUCGCUGGCUGGAGUUGUAUUUAUAUCAUAUAGGACCCAGUGCUGUUGUGUGAAUGGCAAACUAUCAAGUCCAUCAAUUAUGAAAACAGGCAUACCUCAGAGUUCUGGUUUAGGCCCAUAUGUUAUUUCUAUUUACAUCAAUGAUUUACCAAAAUGUUUAAACGCCGGAACAAAACCAGAUAUGUUUGCGGAUGAUACCCAAAUUGCAACAUCAAGUGACGAUAUCAAAGUAAUCACUGAAACAUUAAAUAGAGAUUUAAACAAUGUUGCAAAUUGGCUGUCCGCAAACAAAUCAACUCUGAACAAUAGUAAAACCGAAUGUAUGAUAAUUGGUUCCAAAAAAAGGCUUAGUCAAGUGACUGCCGAUCCUGCUAUCAGUGUAGGUAACUUAGAAAUUAAGAGAGUUGAAAUGACAAAAUCAUUGGGCCUAAUGAUAGACGAGUCUUUAGACUGGACCGCGCAGGUCGAACACAUUUCAAAAAAGGUCACCCCAGGCCUUGCUAUUCUCAGACGACUCCGGGAUACAGUCGAAUUCAAUACCUUAAUAACAAUAUACCAAUCCAUAAUUCAACCUUAUUUCGGUUAUUGUGCUCAAGUGUGGGGUUACUUAGGGAAAACAUUGGCAGCUAAAGUUCAAAAAUUACAAAACAGAGCGUUUCGAAUAAUCACUCGUGAGAAUUAUACGACACGAUCGGCUGAUAUAUUAAACAAGCUAGGAGUUCCGAGUACCUCGAAAAAAGAAUGCAACAACUUUCAAUUCUCAUGUACAAGGUGAAAAAAAAAUUGGUCCCCGAUUACUUGUAUGAUAUGUUCACAAAUGUGGGUAAUGUACACGACCAUAACACAAGACAGUCGGGAGCCGAUUUGACAUUGCCUAAACCAAAAACAAAUAGUAUGAAAAAUGCAUUCUCCUACAGAGGUGCGGAAGUCUGGAACUGCUUUUCUGCAUCGGCAAAAGCAUCAACAACUAUUGUUAAUUUUAAGUCUAACUUGAAGCAUGCAAAUUAACAUCAAGUGAUUCUGCCAUUGUUUCCAUCUACCUAAAAUAAUUUUCAUGUAAUUAUUUCUUAUUUCUGCUUGUGUGAGCACGGCCGGUUGGAAGAUCACCUUUUUUUUCUUUUUAUAUUUUGUACAUAAUUAAUUUUAGUAUAGAUGAAAUUGUACCGUGUUGAAAUAUAGUUCAUAAUAAUAAUAAUAAUAGGCUUAAACGGCACUAAUGACGAUUUUGCCUAACUAUUAACAAUUAUAUGCGGAAUUAUCAAGGUCGAGGUAAGCGUCAUCAGCCGAGCCGAAGGCGAGGCUGAUAACGCUUACCGCGAGACCUUGAUAAUUUUGCAUAUCGCAAAAACCGAAUUCAACAAUUGUUUUAUUGUACAUUUGAAGAAUAAUAAACAUAGUAUUAAAAUACUAUGUUUAUUAUUCUUCAAAUGUACAAUAAAACAAUUAUUGAAUUCGGUUUUUGCGAUAUGCAAAAUUAUCAAGGUCUCGGUAAGCGUUAUAUUCAAUAUGAUUUCUGGCAAAGCUGUUCAAGUAAAACGUUUCUAUAAACAAGUCUCCGGAAGUCCAGCAGUUAAAUUAAUUACAAAUAUAAAAGAAACAUAUUAUCGUUAAGAUGUUAACGUAUUAAAAUAUUUACUUGUUAAAGUAAGCAUUACAAUUAUGAAAUGUACAUUCAUUUGAAAAUUGAAAUGUACACUCAUUUGAAAUGUACACUCAUUCAAUUUCACGCAACCUACACAAAAUUCAGUUAUCUGCUAGCAGAUAACCGAGUUAUCUGCUAGCAGAUAACUGAAUUUUGUGUAGGUUGCGUGAUUUAACUGUAAGCUCUUAGCCAAUCAAAUUGCUUUUACCAACUACAAUGUAUAAUAAUUAAUCUAAUCUACCAACCCUGCUGAAAUCAUCAUUCAUCAGUGAGUUAUCCGCCAUUUUGGAUUAUUGUGGAUAUGCAUGUUGCGUCACAAGCAGGGUCAUGCAAAAUAUUAUAUAUAAAACACCCUAUCCGAUUUUUCAUUCCUUGCUUAGUUCUUGAAAUAUUUUUGGAAAAUUGCCUUGUUCGCUAUUUUGGAUUAAUUUUUGAUCUUGUCAACGGUUGUUUUGGUGACAUCUCCAAAGACCAAGAGGAACAAAUAACAAUUAGUAGAUGAUUGAUUUUGGUAUUUGGUAUAAUAAGUAUGAUUUUGGGUUCGUAAUGAUCAUUGCACAUCUGGGUAUUAUGUAGUGUUUAAAACACGAGGAGUGUUAGAUCAUAUUUAAAACACGAAGCGCAGCCGACCGUUUUAGAUAUGAUAAAACGCGAGUUGAGUAUUUUGAAUAGCUUAAUUAAAAUACGACUACAAAAGAAUACUAAUUAGGAUGAACAAUUAUAUAAUCAUACUAAUUAUGAUAAAAAAAUUAUGAUAAAACUCAUUAAUAAUUCAUGACGAAAAUUCAAAAGAAAUGAACGUUUAAUUAAUCAAUGUUUGCAAAUCGCAAAAAGAUUUGUCCUGAUUUACAUAAAUCUCAGCUUUGAUUUUCUCGGCUUAGACAAUGUUUAUUUUUAAAAUUACUUCGCCAAUGAACUCAUAAAUUGGGUCGUUUUAUAAGCACGAUAAAACAUUCGCAUCCGAUCUUUAUCUGAUAUAAAAACUCGAAGGCGAGAGUUUGUACAGGGUGUCUAAAAAAAAACGCUAUGGAAAUUCAACAGACUGACGUGCAUCAUAAACGUAGCUAAACAAUCCAAUUUUUACAUAGGACGAAAGAACAGUUAUUUACCUUUUCAAUGAUACUCCUUUUAGAUCGUAACGAUGAGAAAUGGCCACAUACUCGUCAAAUAAAAAUUUCCGGUCGAAAUCACAUUCUUCCACCGUUGAGAAAUGCAUGGAAAACGAAACGUAAACAAUUCCCAAAAGGGAAUUAAAAUUGAAUUUAAAUAAUCUAAAAUAAGCCCAACUCCUCAAUCUUCAUCUUAGUGAGACCAUAAGAACGUCCAUUAUUGCAAUAAACAUGGUUCAAUUAACCCCUGAACAGAGAACAUUCGUAAUCAAAACGUUUUACGAAACAUGUACCUUUCAGCAGACUCGCGGUGCUUUUGGAUUGAUUAACUUUGCAUAAUUAAUGUAUUUUUAAUUUCCAACGACCGAAGAAUGUGAUUUCGACCAAAAAUUUUUAUUUGACGAGUAUGUGGUCAUUUCUCAUCGUUACAGUUUAAGAAAUAUAUCAUAGAAAAGCUAAAUAACAGCUCUUUUGUCCUAUGUAAAAAUUGAAUUGUUUAGUUAAGUUUGUGAUGCACAACAGCUGUUGAAUUUUCAUAGCGUUGAUUUUUUAUAUAUAUAUAUAUACUGAAUAUAUAUAUAUGAAUAUAUAUAUAUAUAUAUGAAUAUAUAUAUAUAUAUAUAUAUAUAUAUAUAUAUAUAUAUAUAUAUAUAUAUAUAUAUAUAUAUAUAUAUAUAUAUAUAUAUAUAUAUAUAAAGAUCGGCUGCUUAUGUUUUAUCUAGUACAGAAAGAAUAGUAAAAUGAAGAUGAGUUUUAUCAGAUAUAAAGUCACUCCACGUGACAUAUUAUGGCUGACAUGAUUUGCCACAAGGUUCAUGAAUUUUUAAUGAGUAUUUUAAAUUUAAUUUUGAACGUUCAAUAACCAAUGAGAUAAUUUUUAGUGUCUUUAAUUCAGUAUAUUUAAUUCCGUUUCAAAUAGUUUUGAAGACGAUGAUAAAGGCGCUGCUGGAACGGGCUAUGAUGAGAAGGCAAUCAUGGCCAAACCUUACCCCCAUCCCCUUAACCCGAACGUAAUACUAUGGGAUAUUCCAGGACUGGAUACUCUCAAACAUUCCGAACCCAGUACCUACUGCAAUACAUUUUAUAUCGGGCAAUACGACGCAGUUCUUUUAUUUAUGAAAGGAAACUACACAAAAACCGAUAAAGAUUUGGCAAAAGAACUCGUGUCGAGAAACAAGCCGUUUUUCCUAAUCAGGACCAAGAUUGAUCAAGAUCUAUCCUGCCGUAGAAAAAAAUACAAGGAAAACGAGAUCCUGGAAAAAAUCAAACAAAACGCUCUGGAAAUUUUAGGAGACCUAGGUGAUACUGAUGGUGAGAAAAAGCUCUUUCUCAUCAGCAAUUUUGAAAGUGAAAAAUGGGAUUUUAAUCGCCUCAAAAGAGCAAUUUUAAACGAGUUGCUGCCAUCUCAAGUCAAAACGACAUCGGUCAGUGAAAACGUAGCAGAGCAUAUAGAUGAACAAAUCAAAGGCACUGACAAAGGUAAGACAAUGUCAUAA